AGUAUGAUUCAAUAUACCCUUUUCUGUUCCAUGUUUUCCCUGGAAAAAGAUCUAGCUGGGAAUGGAAGGGUGUGGAGGUGGUGGAAACACUCUCACAAGAAAGUACUUGAGCUGUUUUUUUUCUUUUUGGUUCCUCUAGAAUUCAUCACUGACCCAGAGUCGACCACUGGCCUAGAGUCGACCACUGACCCAGAGUCGACCACUGGCCUAGAGUCGACCACUGACCCAGAGUUGACCACUGGCCUAGAGUCGACCACUGACCCAGAGUUGACCACUGACCCAGAGUUGACCACUGACCCAGAGUCGACCACUGGCCUGUCAGACUUGACCACGCACCAUGACUUCACUGAAGAUGCAGAAACAACAACUGACGUGUAUUUGGAGAACACACAGACUUUUGAAUUGCCUACUAAUGUGGAAUUAAACACCCUCAGCUCUAAGGAAGAAGCCACUGAGGUCACAGGUGAGGAUUCCUCUCUUCAGAAAUGCAGAAGUUCCUCCCUGCCUCCCUUUCCUUAUUUAUAGUUCUUUACAUAGGAAAGUCCUAUGGUAAUUUACACAUUUGGGGAUACUUUUGCUGCUUUGUUCUCUGAGGUGGAGUAAACUUAGCCAAAAGUUCAUUGAAACUUGAGGAAAGUUGAAGCAUUUCCCAGAACGCCAGGAACUGCAACUGGUUGAACACCAACAUAGCUCCAGCCC